CCAGCUCCGGCACAAAAGCUGACACCGGCACAAGUUACGAGCAGAAACACCAACACAAGCACCAGCAUAAACACCAGCAACAGCACUUACAAACUAACCAGAACCAGUACCAGAACUAGCAUAAGCACAGGCACCAGCACCAGCACAGGCACCAGCACAGGCACCAGCUCUAGCACCAGAACUAGCACCAGCAGAAACACCAGCAGAAGCACCAGCACCAGAACCAACAUAAGCACCAGCACCAGCACCAGUACAAGCAACAGCAUAAGCACCAGCACAAAAACUGGCAAAAGCACAGACACCAGCUCCACCAACAGCAACAGCACUGGCACCAGCAGCAACACUAGCACUAGUAAAAGAACCAGCACAAGCAUCGGCACAAGAGCCGGCAUUGGCAUAAGUACCAGCACAAACAUCGGCACAAGACACGGCAUUGGCACGAGCAACAGCACAAGCACAAGCACCAACACAAGCACCAGCACAAGCACAGGCACCAACACAAGCACUAGCACAAGCACCAGCACCAGAAGCAGCACCAUUACCAGACGCAGCGCCAGCACCAGCACUAGCACCAGCAGUAGCACCAGCACCAGAACCAACAUAAGUACCAGCACCAGCAUCACAACAAGCAACAUCUUAAGCACCAGCAUAAACACAAGCACAAGCAACAGCACCAGAAACACCAUCAGCACCAGCACAGACACCAGCACUAGCACCAACACAAGAACCGGCACAAGCACCAGCACCAGCACUGGCAGAAACACAAGAUCAAUAAACAGCACAAGUGCCCGUGCAAUAGUUGGCACCAGCACCAGAACCAGCACCAGCACUAGCAACAGCACCAGCACCAUCACAAGCACCAACACUAGCACUAGUAAAAGAACCAGCACAAGCAUUGGCACAAGAGCCGGCAUUGGCUUGAGCACCAGUACAAGCAUCGGCACACGACACGGCAUAGGCAGAGCAACAGGACAAGAACCAACACCAAUACAAGCACCAGCACCAACACAAGCAUCAGCACAAGCAUCAACACUAGCACCAGAAGCAGCACCAGCACCAGAAGAAGCACCAGCACCAGCAGAGGCACCAUCUCCAGAAACAGCAGAUGCACCAUCACCAGCACUAGCUCCAGCACCAGCACCAGCACCAGCAGCAGCACAAGCACCAGCAAUAGCCUAGUAAAAGCACCAGCAUCAUCAGAAAAACUGGCACCAGCACUAGCACCAGCACAAGCACAAGCACCGGCACAAGCACGAGCACCAGCUCCAGCACCAGCACUGGCCCAAGCACCAGCUC